GGCGCUUCUCCACACAGGUAGCGGUAUUAGCAAUUGAGGACGACACCUCUGCUGUCUGAAGAUGGAGAACAACAUAACUACUAUAUCUCGUGAGGAGCUUGAAGAGCUACGAGAAGCAUUUGGCAAAAUAGAUAUUGACAACAGUGGGUAUGUCAGUGAUUAUGAGCUUCAAGACCUGUUUAAAGAAGCAAGUCUGCCCUUGCCUGGUUACAAAGUCCGGGAGAUUGUAGAAAAAAUCAUUUUAGUGACGGAUAGCAACAAGGAUGGGAAAAUCAAUUUUGAAGAAUUUGUCUCUAUUAUUCAGGAAUUGAAAAGCAAAGAUGUUAGCAAAUCUUUCCGAAAAUCAAUAAACAAAAAGCAAGGUAUUACAGCAAUUGGAGGAACAUCAGCAAUAUCUAGUGAGGGGACACAGCACUCUUAUUCAGAAGAAGAAAAAGUUGCUUUUGUUAAUUGGAUCAAUAAAGCUCUACAAGAUGACCCAGACUGUAAGCACCUCCUACCCAUGAACCCAUCCGAUGCCAGUCUGUUUAAAUCCCUUGCAGAUGGCAUCCUUCUUUGCAAAAUGAUCAACUUUUCACAACCAGAUACAAUUGAUGAAAGGGCUAUUAAUAAGAAAAAACUCACUCCUUUCACUGUUUCUGAAAACCUAAACCUGGCUCUGAACUCAGCAUCUGCCAUUGGCUGCACGGUUGUCAAUAUUGGAUCACAAGAUUUGCAAGAAGGAAAACCACACUUGGUAUUAGGACUCUUGUGGCAGAUCAUUAAAGUUGGCCUUUUUGCUGAUAUUGAGAUCUCUAGAAAUGAAGCUCUUAUUGCCUUGCUAAAUGAAGGGGAAGAGCUGGAUCAGUUAAUGAAGCUUUCCCCAGAAGACCUCUUGCUACGCUGGGUGAAUUACCAUCUGGCCAAUGCAGGGUGGCAGAAAAUCAGUAACUUCAGCCAAGACGUUAAGGAUUCAAGAGCAUACUACCAUCUGCUAAAUCAGAUUGCACCCAAAGGAGAUGACCUUGAACAAUUGCCCAUUAAAAUUGACUUUACAGGAUUUCAUGAUAAAAAUGACUUGAGGAGGGCUGAAUACAUGCUCCAACAGGCAGAUAAAUUGGGCUGCAGACAGUUUGUAACUCCAGCUGAUGUGGUUGCAGGCAACCCUAAGCUAAAUUUGGCUUUUGUUGCAAAUCUCUUUAACACAUAUCCAGCCCUGCACAAGCCUGACAGUUCAUCUUAUGAUCUCAAUUUAUUAGAAGGAGAAAGUAAGGAAGAAAGAACUUUCAGAAACUGGAUGAAUUCACUGGGUGUAAGCCCAUAUGUUAAUCAUUUAUACAGUGACCUUUCUGAUGCUUUAAUCAUCUUCCAACUGUAUGACAUGACACGUGUACCUGUUGACUGGAGCCACAUCAACAAACCUCCUUACUCAUUACUUGGUGGCAACAUGAAAAAGAUUGAGAAUUGCAAUUACGCAGUGGAACUUGGGAAGACAAAAGCCAAAUUCUCACUGGUUGGUAUUGCUGGACACGAUCUAAAUGAAGGUAAUCCAACUCUGACUUUGGCUUUGGUAUGGCAGCUGAUGAGAAGGUAUACUUUGAAUGUACUAUCUGACCUUGGAGAGGGUGAAAAAGUAAAUGAUGAAAUUAUUAUUAAGUGGGUGAAUCAGACACUUGCAAAAGCAAAUAAGAAAAUUUCCAUUAAAAGCUUCAAGGACAAAUCAAUUAGCACUAGCUUACCUGUCCUAGAUUUAAUAGAUGCCAUUGCACCAAAAGCAGUUCGUCCAGAAAUGGUUAAGAGAGAAGACCUUUCUUACCAAGACAAAUUGAAUAAUGCCAAGUAUGCCAUUUCAGUUGCUCGAAAAAUUGGUGCUCGUAUUUAUGCCCUCCCAGAUGAUCUGGUUGAAGUGAAGCCAAAAAUGGUGAUGACAGUGUUUGCAUGUUUGAUGGGCAGAGGACUGAACAGAAUAAAGUAAUGCAGACAUGUAAUAUAACUUUCUGCCAUGUUAAGCACAAUGAAUGCCUCGCAGUUUACAGAGUUCUGAAACUUAGUAUGAGAAAAAUUGUAUGCACAAAUAUACUCAUCAAUUAUCUUUUAAUAAUGUGUUUAUAUUAGUUUAUUUUCUUCAGUUUCAUAACACAUGAAUUAUUUAUGAAUAAUACCAUUUUCAGAAUAUGUUCAUUAACAAAUUAACAUCAUAGAUUUGUAUUGCAUACCCAUAUGAAUCAAGUUUCAUUUGCAUUAGUUUCCAUAGCACUGUAAGAACCUGCAUUGUUUUACAUAUGUUGUUUCAGGACCAAUUAUGAAACACUGUUUGAUUUUUGUUGGUGUUACUUACAUGUAGUCAUACAAGUCUCAAGGUGCAUUCCAAUCCUGUUGGAUUGGACUCCAAACUGCACAGAAAUUAUCAUCCUUGCCUUACUCUUGGAGAGCUUAACUCUUGUUGAAGCCAAUGAGAGUCUUGUCAUUGACUUCAGAGCAAGUAAAGGCCUGUGAUAAUGUCUGGUAACUAAUGAAUACCGAUUAAACUGAUGAAACUUUUUUGUGGGAAUUAUCUUUAUGUAUGUAGUAGUAGUUUUGUUCUGUUACUUAGCAGAAACUUUUACAAACCGCAUUGUAUGAAAAAAACAGCAAUAGAAAGCAGAGAUGUCCUGUCAUUACUAAGUCUGCGUAUGUGCUAAGUCUUGCGGUUGGACUAAACAACUGUUGGUUGAGUUUUUUUAACCUUUUCAUAAAAUAUUGUAUUAAGAGAACAAUAAAGAGCUGGCUAGUCCACUAUGUGAUUUCUCAUUACUGUAAUGCAUUUCCUUAUAUAUCAUUCCUUUGAUUUUUUAAAGUGUGCAUCAUGUGUGCAGAGGUUUUGUAUAGAAAGACCAGUGCAUUGUCAUUGAAAUCUGUAAUUUUUUCUUAGUAAUUUUAAAAUAACUAUUUGUACUCCUUUUUUCAUCAGCUGUAAAUUUUCACUUGGCAUGCUGAAGCUGGACAUUUAAUAAAGUUGUUACCAAAAGCCAAACAAUAAGACAGCUAAAUCAAAA